AUGGCGUCCACCAUCCCGUCUAACCCGACCCCGCAAACGGUCACCCAGCUGCUCUCCAGGAUCACCGAUGCCGACCCCGAUUUUCGGUUUAUGGCCCUCAACGAUCUGCUCACAGUAUUCAACAUUGCGAAGCAAGACUUCCUGAAUCAUGACUACAAUACAGCAGCUCGGACGGUCGACCAUAUUGUCCGCGCCUUGGACGACCAGAAUGGCGAAGUUCAAAACCAGGCAAUCAAAUGUUUAGGGCCGUUGGUUAAAAAGGUCACCCCGCAGUUAGUUGCGCCGAUGAUGGAGAAGCUCUGCAAUUUGAAGCUGAAGAACUCUGUCGACAACUCGAUCCCGUCUAUGGCCAUCCGAGCCGUCGUGGAAGCCCUCCCUCGGCCGGCAUCCGGCGUAACGCCCUCUGGGGCGGUGAAUGAGGCAUACACCAGCCUCAGCAGGGUGCUUAUACCGCGCUUUCUCGGCCGCGCAAGCUCCUCUGGCAAGGCCGUCCCCGGCCUACUGGACCCCGAGGACCCGAAUGCCGAUUCUGUCGAUGUCCUUAUUGAGCUGGUCCGCUGUUUCGGUCCCAUGCUUCAGUCAUUCGAGAUCGAAGCUCUUCACAAUGCUGUGGUCACAAUCCUAGAGAAGGACAAGGGUACUUCAGUCGUGAAGAAGAGGGCAGUCGUCGCCAUUUCAAUGCUCGCCCAUUAUCUCCCUGAUGACCUCCUGGCUGCUUUCGUCCAACGUAUCACCGGCGCGCUGGGCCAGGCUCAACUGAACGAUUCUACGCGCCGGCUUUACAUCACUGUUACCGGUUCCAUGGCUCGGUCAAUUCCUUACCGAUUCGGUCUUCAUCUUUCCGAACUGGUGCCUCCCAUUCUUCGAGUCCUGAGCGAAGAGGAACUUCAGGCACAGCUUGACGAGAUCAGUGAGGGCGAAGAGGCGACCCUUGAGUUCAACGAAGUACGGGAGGCUGCCCUCGUCGCCUUGGAGGCCUUCCUGUCCUCGUGCCCUACUCAAAUGCGUAUGUUCACCAACGAAGCGAUUGCCGCCUGUCUCCGGUAUCUGAAAUUCGACCCCAACUAUGCGGUCGACGAAGACGAGGAAAUGGAGGACGAGGAAGAGGAAGAGGACGAAUUCGAGGAGGACGAUGAAUUUGAGGCUUCCGGGGGCUUCGAUGACGACGAUGAUGCCAGCUGGAAGGUCCGGCGCUGCGCAGCAAAGGGUUUGCACACCAUCAUUUCAACCAGGAGUAGCGGCGAUCUUCUUGACUGUGGCAUGCUCUACGGCACAGUCGCCCCUGCCCUCGUCAAGAGGUUUAAUGAACGAGAGGAGAAUGUCCGCCUCGAGGUUUUGUCGGCGAUGUCGCUGCUUGUCCGAAAGACAGGAGAAGGCAUGCUGCCCCCAUUUUCGGCAGACGGUGCUCAGAGCGAAUACUUGAAUCAGCCGCCUGCCAGCCGAAAGAGGAGGCGUCAGAGCAGUGCGGGCGGUCCCUCCUCUUCUGCCCUUUCUCUGACCCCAGCAGAUCUCUCGGGUACUGGCCUUACUUCCCCAACGACGGAGAAUAUCCCUGCAACAGGUCCACGUGCCGACCUGGCCAGGCUCACGCCAUCCAUCGUUAAGUCGUUGACAAAGCUGCUGAAGGGGAAACUUAUCUCUACGAAGCAAGCUUGUAUCAAGCUUCUCGACGAUAUGCCGUCGAGCGCUGCGUCAACGGCCGCGUCUAUGUCGUCCGCCGGUGGCGCAUCGGCAACUGCAACUACGUUGAGGAUUGCGGCACUUCGCCUAACGAGUGAUAUCUCCAAAAACCACUCUUCAACUGUGUUGCAACCUCACCUCCCCAAAAUUGUUGCCGGCGUGGUCGCCGUUGCUCACGACCGCUUCUAUAAGAUAUCUGGCGAGGCUAUCCAGACAGCGGAGGAAAUGAUUAAGGCCAUUACCCCCCCUCGGUCUCGUAUGACCGCUGAAAAGUUCAAAGGCGAACUCCAGACGCUCUAUGAAGUCGUCAUCGGCCGCGCAACGGCCAUUGAUGCCGAUGCCGAGGUUCGGCAAAAGGCGAUUCAUGCUCUCGGUACACUCCUAGCUCGGACAACAGGGUCGGAGGGAUCGUCACUGCUCCCAGACGACAAGCGCAAGGCAUCCCUUGCUUGCCUUCUGGAGAGGCUCAAGAAUGAAACUACCAGGCUGGCUGCUGUGCGCGCCAUUGAUACUGCUGCUGCAAUGUCGGCGGAUGCCGUCGAGUUUGAACCCCAGUGGACCCGCCAGGUCAUCGUUGAGCUGACAGCUCAGUUACGGAAGUCGAAUCGCUCGCUGAGAGGGUCAAGCGUCAUGGCGCUAAAGCAUCUCGUGUUAUCGCCCGCCACCAAAGGCACACUGGACGAGGCCACUGUGCGGAACGUCGUCGAUGCGUUGAUCCCCGUUAUCAAUGUCAACGAUGCGCAGCUGCUUGGCCCUGGUCUUCUUGUACUUGCUCGCCUGACGCAGGAGAUGCCAGGCAUCGUCAUUACCCCACAACUCGUUGGCGCCCUAUGCAUGUUGCUCCAGACAAAUGUUGUCGGCACGGUUCUCGAUUCCUUAUUGGUUCUCGUUACCCAAGCCGGGCUGAUGGGGCAGGGCAAGCCCUUGAUGGCAGCGUUUCUGAAAGACGUCGGUGUUGGGGGAGAUCCCUCCAUCGUUGGCAAAGUGAUAGGAACACUUCUUGUCGCCAGUGGAGAUUCGGCCGGCGUCACUCUGGAUAGCUUCGUCCGGGAGAUUGGCAAUGGGGGAGAUCAGGCAAGGAGCAGUCUCGCGUUGGCCGUCAUUGGCGAGGCUGGAUUGCGUCUCGGCAGCCGGUUCCCAAUUCAACCGACGUUGUUCUUGGAGCGGUUCACCAACGAGUACGACAAGGUGUCUCUCGCGGCCGCUGUUGCCCUUGGGAGAGCUGGAGCGGGCAAUGUCUCGGUCUACCUGCCCGUUAUCCUGAAAUCGAUGAACCAGAGGGGCAGUACGCAAUACCUGCUCUUGCAGUCGAUCAAGGAGAUCCUCCAGCAAGUUGCCCUCUCCUCCACUGAGAUUGGCCAAUAUUCCACCGCGAUUUGGGAGCAAAUUCUUGCUGCGAGCGACACUGAGGACAACAAGGCGGUCUGCGCCGAAUGCGUUGGACGCAUGGCCAUCAUUGAUCCGAAAACGUAUAUGCCCCAGCUGGAGUCCUUGUUCAAGCACGAAUCGGUGGUCCUGAGGGCUAUCGCAGUUCAGGCUCUCCGAUACACUCUCCCUGAUGACAACGAGAACUUUGAUGCAUUCCUCAAGAGAUUCCUUGUCGAUAUGCUCAAGACUUCGCUGAGUGAUACCGAGAUGGAGAUUCGUCGUCACGCUAUGUCCACGCUGACUUCGGCGGCGCACAACAAGCCUGAGCUAAUCCUGAUGUAUCUGAACCAGCUGAUGCCGUUUGUUAUGAACGAGACGGUGAUCAAGCAGGAGCUCAUUCGUGAGGUGCAAAUGGGUCCCUUCAAGCACAUCAUCGACGAUGGCUUGGAAGUGCGAAAGGCUGCGUACGAAACCCUUUAUGCCCUCAUGGAGACCGCCUUCUCUCGCGUCAGCAUCAUUGACCUCUACGAUCGGAUUGUCGCCGGCCUUACUGACGACAACGACAUUCGCGCACUGUGCAACCUUAUGGUGUCGAAGCUCGUCCAUCUCGACGCCGACGAGACCGUCCGCCGAUUGGACUCGAUUGCUGGUGGUUUCAGGAAGACGCUGUCUCACAAGCUGAAAGACAACGCCGUCAAGCAGGAGAUUGAGAGGCAGGACGAGGCUAACAAGGCGGUUCUACGCCUUACCCUCCUCCUGGGGGACAAGCUCAACAAGACUGCUCUUAACACGAGCGGCGCCCAAGCCGCGAGCGGCACGGCCGCGUCGAACCAGAUCUGGACCAGCUAUUGGGAGUGGGUCAACAGGGACUUUGCCAACCAGCUCAAGACCAUUCGGGACGAGAGCAAGACUGCCAAUGCGGAAGACAACUCUCCUCCGUAG